CAGGUCCCGCCCUCUAUACGUUCAAACCCUUGGAUCUGAACCUUGAGGCUGUGGAACAGGAACCGGCUGGUUUUGGAGAGUGUUUUGUGGGGUCUUCAUGGCAAUUGUUAGGAACUAUCCGGACUGAGUUAUUCAGACGGAAUCUCCCAACCAUCACAACUCGUCUUACUGGAACCUGUUCCUGUUUGAAGUUUCAGACUUCUGAGAGUCGGGACUGCUGGAAGUUUUUAUUUUUAACGUUGUGGACGGAAAGUGGAAGCGGACCAAGGUGUUGCUGAGUUUCCUCUGAGGAAUCAUGGAGCUUUCCCUGGUGCAAUCCGCUCUGAAGGCCUUCCUGUGCGGCUCUCUGAGCGGGACGUGUUCCACGCUGCUCUUCCAGCCGCUGGACCUCAUCAAGACCAGACUGCAGACCCUGCAGGGCACCGUGCAGCCUGGCUCGGCCCGGGUGGGCAUGGUGUCGGUGUUCCUGACCGUGGUUCGGACGGAGAAGCUGGUGGGGCUCUGGAAGGGCAUGUCCCCGUCGUUUGCCCGCACCAUCCCUGGCCUGGGGCUCUACUUCAGCACCUACUACUCCCUGAAGCAGCACUUCUUCCAGGGCCGGGGGCUGGGGCCCCUGGAGGCCGUGGCCCUGGGGGCGGGGGCCCGCAGCGUGGCGGGGGUCCUCAUGCUGCCCGUCACCGUCAUCAAGACGCGCUUCGAGUCUGGCCGGUAUAACUACAGCAGCGUGGUGGGGGCCCUGCGCAGCAUGUGUCAGACGGAGGGGCCUCGGGCCCUGUUCUCCGGCCUGGUGCCCACCCUCCUCAGAGACGCCCCCUUCUCCGGGAUCUACGUCAUGUUCUACACCCAGACCAAGGCCUGCCUGCCCACAGAGCUGGGCUCGUCGUCCUACGGGCCGCCCGCCCACUUCCUGUGCGGCAUUGGGGCGGGGGUGCUGGCGUCCCUCAUCACGCAGCCGGCCGACGUGGUGAAGACCAACGUCCAGGUGGGCAGCGGGCUCAGCACGGCCGCCGCCGUGCGCCAAGUCUACUCGCAACAGGGUGUGCGGGGGUUCUUCCGGGGGGCGGUGCCUCGCUGCCUGCGGCGGACCAUGAUGGCGGCGAUGGCGUGGACCGUCUACGAGACCAUGAUGACCAGGGUCGGCCUCAAGUCCUGAGGACCAUGGGGGAGGGGGGACUGACGGACCGAGAGAGGGAGGGGAGGACUGGUCGAGAGAGGACUAGAUCACCGGAGACGGGGAGAAAGGAUCAAUGGUCGAAAGGACUAAAUGAAUGGAGACGGAGAGAGAGAGAUUCUCCGAGAGAUCCAUCCAGGGCGGGGGGGGGGGGGGUCCGUACACACACACUCCGUCUGCAUCAGCGUCUGAGGAACACUGGACGUUGGUGAUGGAACGAAUGUUGACCAGAGGAGCAAAGAAGACGGACAAUAGUAGCCCUUAAUGGCUGACAUGCUACUAUACGCUAAGCUAAGCUAAGCUACGCUCAACCAGACAGACGCUACACUGGGGUCAGACUCUGUGCUCAUUUGAAGCUGUAGAUUUAAUAGUGCUGCUAUACUGCUGAAAAUUCAGCUUUUUUUUUAAUGAAUGUGUGGUUAUUUUUAACAGAUUGUUACAGAGGUAAUAUUUUUUUAAUGCUUUUAAAUUCUCUAACGUAAUGCGGCUUCUUACAGAACAAGCUGGUCUUUGUUUUGUUUUUGCAGUAUUUAAUUAGAAUACUAACCUUUGGACCAUGUUUUCCUUAUUUGUGUAAUGUUUAUCUGGAUAAUAAAUAUGGAUUCAUAUGCAAUUUCUGUCCAAUAACGAUCUUUUACAUUAUCUAAAUAAACAAACAUUAAUAUCGACCACUUUAUUCCUCUGUUUGUGAUUAAAACGUUGAUGGGUGGGAUUCUCCUUGCAUAGGAAUCCAUUUUCUCAAGUCUUAGUUUUCAUUUUAUGAUUCAAUAAAACCUUUUGGCUGG